AUGUAUCCCGAAACUGUAAAGAGUACAAUCACAAUUGAAUUCCAAAAAGAAGGUCACAUUUUCGCCUCAACUCAUGGAGAUCAUACCAUUAAAAUUGUCGACUUCUCUACAGGCCAUAUUAUUCGGACGUUGGUUGGGCACCCUCGUACUCCUUGGGCAGUGAAAUUUCAUCCUCGUAAUCCCGAUAUCUUAGUGAGUGGAUGCAUCGGUUCCUUCGUGAUCGUCUGGGACUGGAGAAACAACGAGAUCUUAGCUCAGACCAUCAUCAUGCAGAACGUGAUCAUAUCCUCUCUGGACUGGCAUCCAUCAAAAGAACUCAUUUUGAUCACUUGCGGCACCACCGUGUACAUCUGGAACUAUUCCGUGGUGGCAAUCCCCCGCUCUCACGCAUAG